AUGGUGAAGCUUCGCAAUCUUGUUCUUUUCUUCUUGCUCUUGACCGUCGUUGCUCCUAUCCUUCUCUACACAGAUCCCUCCGCCUCCUUCAAGACCCCAUUUUCUAAACGCGAUUUCCUCGAGGACGUAACCGCCCUAACUUUCAAUUCCGACGAGAAUCGAUUAAAUCUGCUUCCUCGGGAAUCUCCGCAAGUGGUUAGAGGAGUCGUGGGUGUAGUCUAUUCCAAACAAAUUUCGGAUUCUUCUCUGGGUUCUUCGCAAAGGCAAGAAGCGAGAGACCAAAUUUCUGCUCGAGUUCUUUCGGCCACCGACGAUGAUAAUCAGUCUCGAACUGAAGAUCCCAUCAAACAAGUCACUGAUGCAGCCUCAGAGACGGAUAAGCCAAAUGACAUGCACGCUUCUGAUGGCAUCUCCCAGAAUAAGGAAAGGAUGCAUGUUCAGUUGACGCAAAACUCUGUAAAGGCUGAUGAGCAAGAACCUAAAUCUCUUGGAGCUGAGAAAGAGAGAGGAAAUGUGUUGAUGCCUGAUGCUCAGGUGAGGCAUCUUAAAGAUCAGCUGAUUAGGGCAAAGGUUUAUCUUUCGCUUCCAGCUGCAAAGGCUAACGCACAUUUUGUGAGAGAGCUUCGACUCCGUUUAAAAGAAGUUCAACGGGCAGUCGCAGAUGCCUCGAAGGAUUCGGAUCUGCCAAAGAAUGCUAACGAAAAAUUGAAAGCAAUGGAGCAAACAUUGGCCAAAGGCAAGCAGAUCCAAGAUGACUGUUCCACAGUGGUGAAGAAGCUACGUGCAAUGCUCCACUCGGCAGAGGAGCAGCUAAGGGUCCAUAAGAAGCAAACCAUGUUCUUGACACAAUUGACUGCUAAGACGAUCCCUAAGGGCCUUCACUGCCUCCCUCUACGCCUCACUAGCGAUUAUUAUGCUUUAGAUUCGUCGGAACAACAAUUCCCAAAUCAGGAGAAACUAGAAGAUAAUCAGCUGUAUCACUAUGCUCUCUUCUCUGAUAAUGUUUUGGCUACAUCAGUUGUUGUCAACUCUACCAUCACCAAUGCAAAGCAUCCCUCGAAGCAUGUCUUCCACAUCGUCACGGACAGACUCAACUAUGCGGCAAUGAGGAUGUGGUUCCUGAACAACCCACCAGGAAAAGCCACCAUCCAGGUUCAGAAUGUCGAAGAAUUUACAUGGCUGAAUUCAAGCUACAGUCCUGUUCUCAAACAGCUUAGUUCUCGAUCGAUGAUAGACUAUUACUUCAGGGCUCACCAUACAAAUUCAGAUACGAACUUGAAGUUCCGGAAUCCAAAAUACUUGUCGAUCCUUAAUCAUCUUCGUUUUUACUUGCCUGAGAUCUUCCCGAAGCUCAGCAAGGUGCUCUUCUUGGAUGAUGAUAUAGUUGUGCAGAAAGACCUUUCUGGUCUUUGGUCAGUUGAUCUGAAGGGCAAUGUCAACGGUGCUGUAGAGACUUGUGGGGAAAGCUUUCACCGCUUCGACCGUUAUCUGAAUUUCUCAAAUCCGCUCAUCUCCAAGAACUUUGACCCUCGAGCUUGUGGCUGGGCAUAUGGUAUGAAUGUCUUUGAUUUGGACGAAUGGAAGAGGCAAAACAUCACAGAGGUUUAUCAUCGAUGGCAGAAUCUGAAUCAAGACCGAGAAUUGUGGAAGCUAGGGACGCUGCCGCCUGGUCUCAUCACGUUUUGGAAACGGACAUACCCGAUAGACCGGAAAUGGCACAUACUGGGCCUUGGAUACAACCCGAGUGUGAACCAGAGGGAUAUUGAGAGGGGAGCCGUCAUACACUACAACGGCAACCUCAAACCAUGGCUAGAGAUUGGGAUCCCAAGGUACAGGGGCUUCUGGUCAAAGCACGUCGACUAUGAGCACGUUUAUCUCAGAGAAUGCAACAUCAAUCCUUAG